GUGGGUGAAAGUAUAUGAUAGACGGACCCAAGAGUGUAGGUGCCCAUUGCUGGUUCUUGUUGUUGUUGUUGUUGUUGCUGCUGUUGCUGCUGUUGCUGCUGUGCUUGCUCUCUCAGUCUCCGCUGGUGCCCUGUCACCUUAUAUUCCCGACAACAGUCUGUGCUUUUUUUCUUUCCCUUCCCCAGAUCGGUUCAUUCUCUUUGUCUCUCUUUUCUUUUCCUUUCUCGCCAUUCCGCUCUUUUCCAGGAGGAACCACAGACCAUGCCGAGUAGGUCACCAUGAUCAACAGCUCCUCCAUCAUGCCGGCCAUGGCGCCGCCGGCCGGGAUGGUCUCCAACUUCAUCGACCCCCCGUCGUGCGGCAUGAAGUUCCUGGUCGUGAACUGCGUGUUCUUGCCUUUGGCAGUCAUCGCACUGGUCGUGCGCAUGUGGACACGGGUGUAUCUCGUGCGCAGUGUAUCGUACGAUGAUUACUUGAUGAUAAUUGCGGUAGUCCUAUCAUGCAUCCUCUCCGGCGUGACACUCGACAUGCUCAACUGGGGUCUGGGUAAACACAUGUGGGAUGUGCCCUACAGCUCUCUCACCCCGUGGUUCCUCAAGCUGAACGUUGUCGCCGCCAUCAUCUACUGCGCCGGAACCGGUUUCACGAAAGUCUCGGUGCUGAUCUUCUACCUGCGCAUCUUCCCCAGCCGCAGCUUCCACUACGCCGUCUGGUCGGUCAUCUUCGUCGCGGUCGGGUACAACGUGGCGAGUGUGUUGGCAAACAUCUUCAGCUGCAACCCCGUGGCCGCGUCGUGGGACUACUCCAUCACCCAUGCGUCGUGCAUGAACCGGCCGGUGUUCUACUUCGCGAACGCGGGUCUGGGCAUCUUCACCGACUUUAUGACUACUUUGGUCCCGAUUCCGUGGUUACGUAAAUUGCAGAUGCCGGUGCGACAGAAGAUCGCGGUGGGCGUGAUGCUGGCGAUGGGUUGCAUUGUCGGAGUCAUCAGCUGCAUCCGCCUUUCCAGUCUCUAUACGCUGCUCGAGAGCACGGAUCUCACCUGGACGACGACGAACGCACUGAUGUGGUGCACGAUCGAGCUGAACCUAGGGAUCAUCGGCGGGUGCACGACCGCGAUGCGGCCGUUUGUGCGGCGCUACUUCCCACGCCUGCUCGGACUCUCGACGCACAGCGGAGGCUACCACGAGUCGGCAUCACGCAAGUACGGCCUACCGCUGGGAUCGAUCCCGCGCGAGGCGCCCGAGUUCGCGACCGCCAGCAACCACUACACGACGCGGCUGCACGGCGGCACAGACGACGACAGCGAGGAGCACAUCCUGCCCGAGACCGGGGCGUCGCACCGCAGCAAGGGCAGUACGGAGGGCAUCAUUCGGACGGUGGAGUUCAAUGUGGAUAGUAAUCCCAACCUACGAUAG